GAGCAUCGAUUCGACAGUCAAUCAGUAGCAAGCGCGAUCUUCAGCCGGUCUGAAAGAAAUAUAAAAAAAAUAGUAGUGGACGGGAUUCAGUGUUUGGUCCUUAGAAAAGAGAAAGUUUUCCAUCGACGCAUAGUAUGAAUUGCUGGGAAAUCUGAUCGUUUCGGGCUUUGGGGUAGCCAGCAGUUAUAGUGAGCAGUGCCUGCCGAAGAAUUGCGAUUACUUUGUCUAAUUGAAAAUUUCGAAGAAAAGAUGUAUCGUGAAAUUUUCGCUGCCGUUGGUGUGAUUUUUGUGAACCUUGUGGCUGCUAACCGAACAGUGAAUUAUACGUGUUCAAUGAGCCCCGAAGGAUAUUGCAUUUAUCAAGGUGUAAGAAUCAACGAUCUCGCAGAGGCUAGCAAUGUGGAACUGUUUGCACCGCGCUACGAUGUGACCAGGAUAAAGUUUCGAGAAUCGGCGAUGUUUGUUCUUCCGGAAAAGUUCUACUCGACGUUUCCAAACAUGCUGGAACUUAAAGUCUGGUGGCAAAGCUUGCACAGUAUUUACAUUCCACCAAAUCUACUUCAUCUGGAUGCCGAAAGAAACCGCAUUCAAACUAUCAGUUUCGAUACAAACACGGUUCCAAUGUUGCAAAAAUUAGAGCUAGGCCACAAUAGACUCAAAACCAUCGAAAAUAUCUCCUACUUUGAAAAUCUCGAAUUUCUGGAUCUCGCUCAUAAUGAUUUGCGCUCGCUCGAUCUGUGUCUGUUCCAGCGAAUGAAGCAUCUCCGUACCUUAGAUUUGUCGGUCAACAACAUGGCCAUAGUGAAAAACUCCAUGGAACACAAACUCGAAUCCCUUACAGUAUUAUACCUUAACGAUAAUCGGCUUUCAUAUCUGGACAUCAAUGUGCUGCGUCUGUUUCCAAACCUGGAAACGCUGCAUCUCUUCAAAAACGGUUUAAUGUAUAUGGAAUAUGAGAAUAUGAGGACCAUGUUCCCGAAAAUCAACAUUGUUCACAUUUACGACAACGAUUGGCACUGCGAAAACCUAGCGGAGAUGCUCAUCUACUUCAAAAAGAUCAACAUCCGUGAGUACAAGCUGUUCAAUUCGCUGAAAUGCAAAGAACGAGUGAUAGAUGGCAUUUGCUGCUCGGAGGGCAAAGCUCUUACCAUCUUGAAAAAGUCCAACCUUUAUUUCUCCAAUUAUGUGAAUGAACUGAACCUCCACUCUCAUCACAUCAUGGAGGAGAUGAAGCAAUCCAAGCGAGAAAUCCAAAAGCUCAUUGAACACGAAAAUAUGACCCAAGCGUCGCUACAGGCAUUCAGUGCUGACAUGAAUGCCAUUCGCGAUAGGAUAGAGAACAUUACGAUGCUGGCAGCCGAUAGCAGUUCGGCCAUUGCACGUAAUAAGAAGCACGAAAAAGUCGAUAAAUUAGUUCAGGAGAUCUACAAAAUCAAACAGGACCACCAGAGCUUGACACGUGAAAAUCAAGCGUUCAAGCAGCAGAUCGAGGGCUACGAACAAAUGAAGGCCGAAAUGGGUUCGAUCCGAACGUAUUCGGAGGAGAUGACGCACAUCAUUCAAGAACUUAAAGAGGAGAAUAACCACCUGAAAAAUGAACUACAUCAAUUAUUGGUUGAGUUUCAUGAGCUGCGAGUCACCAAGAAUACAGAAAAGGGGGUAUGACAAAGGGGACGCUGCUUCCAGAAUAAUUGGAGCACUUGUUAGUAGAGCCUUGGGACUGAUUCGUAUGUUAUUAGCACGCUGGUAGCUGAGUAGAACAAUCAGCUUUCGUGCCUAAUAUCAUGGUUACUCACUAGAGAAGGGGACAAUUAGUUAUCGUAAAACUCAUAGAAUGGGUUUUAGUAGGUAAUAAUUUGCUGGACAAAAUAGUUUUAAGAUUAGAUAAAUUCGGAGUCGAUCUCUGUCUCGGUUAAUAUUUCUAAAAUAAAAACCUCUCACCGUCUGUGAUGAUGUGAGGGAGCUAGCUGGCGAGUGAAUAAAAGAGUUUGCCCAUACAAACUGGCAAUGACUUUGCUGGACAUUUGAAUGGUGCUGAUAAUGGUUUAAUUUGUUGAUAUCUGAUAAACCUAAGCCUAACGAAUGGUUGACACGAAGGAAUGUGGAAAAACCCGCAUGUGGUGCAAAUAAGUGUCUUGCCCACAUGGAUGGCACGGGCCAUGCGAGUGAAAAUCCAGUGAAAGAAGCGAAUGAUAGUGUGUGAUUCAUAAUGAAGUGGUAUCAGCUAGAUGAAAGUCCAAAGAGUACAACAUAGCACCCAGUGUUCGAUUUAAAUGAAACUAAUAGUAUAAUGAAAUAAAUCAAAUGUAAACAA